GCUGUUCGAAAAGUGAUAGCAGUUUUUAUUGUGUUUGUGUCGUGCAUCAGUUCGCGCGGCAGUUUUUACCUGCAUUUUCGUUAUUAUUUGUUAUCGCAGUUACACCUUUCGUAUAUUCCAAUUAAAUUCAUUAAAAAAUGGGCAGCACAACAAAGUUUGUAAACGAAUUCUGUGAUAUAAUUGAUUCCUAUGGCGGACGUGAUAAGGUAAUGAAAGCACUGUGCUACAGCGCCAAACUCGUGGCUGGCUAUCAUGCCAAGCGGAAUCCGGACUUGGCCAAACGAUAUGCCAUCGCCAGCUCGAAGAUAUCUGGAGCGAGAGCCACACUGCGACUCAUCGAUGAUAUUCCCAUGAUACAGUAUGCCCUCGAGUACGGACUGGGACAGGAUGAGCCGGAUCGCAUUAUGGCCAUGCUGGGCGUGACUGCCAAUGUUGUGGACCUGCUCUACUAUCCCAUCGAGAAGAUCUGCUGGCUCUCGGAGCACAAGAUUGUGGAUGUUAAGCAUGCUGAUCAGUGGGACAAUGUCAACUCGAUAUUCUGGGUGCUCUCGGUCUACUUGAAUCUAAUGCGAACUCUUCGCAACUUUUGGCUGAACCAGGAGAAACUUAAUCGCAGUCACCAGCUGAGCAGCCCUACUAAUAUUGACGCCAAGUCCUUGGCUAAGCAUCGGCUGGAACUGAUGUCCGUAGUCCGCAUUUCACUGGAUUUUGUGCACGCAGUCAGCACAUUGCCCAAAGGAUAUCUGUGGGGUGGCAAACUGUCCACCUUCCAAGUGGGAUCGAUUGGCACGCUGUCUGCUUGCUUGGGCAUUUAUCAAAUCUUUGCCAAGAGAAGACUGAAUAAAUAGAUUGCGCACAAUGAACUUCAGUGAAUUUGGUCAGCACUUGGUCGAAAUCGAACUAGUCCUAGCGCCUUUUGUAUGUUCUGUGUUAGUUGGUAAGGAUCAUUUGUGUAUAGGGCGGGACAUGGAAUUUGUUUAUGGCAACUGAAAUUGUUGUAUUUAUGUAUGUAUGUGUCAUGCGCACUUGAUAAGUUAUUAAAUAUGUAAGCACCAAAA